AUGUCCUACAAAACAUGCUUGUACUACAGCAAUUGGUCGGUGUACCAAAAGAAGCACUUCCUACAAGAUAUCCCCAUUCAUUUGGUAACAAAUUUAUUCUAUGCCUUCAUCGGAAUCGAUGAGUCUACAGGGAAGGUAAGACUCACAGACUCUUGGGCUGAUUUAGAGCUUCCAAUGCCUGAUGGUGAGACCAGAGGCUCUAUUAAUAUGUUAGCUAAGUUAAAGAGGGAAAACCCUGCUUUAAAGGUUUCCAUGUCCAUCGGAGGCUGGGGUACAUCUCACUUGUUUAGAGCUGUUAUGUCGACAAAAUCCAAAUUGGAGAAUUUUAUUUCCAGUGCUCUGGAGUUGUGUCUAGAGCACCAGUUUGAUGGAAUUGACAUCGAUUGGGAGUAUCCGGAGAAUGCUACUGAAUCCCGUCAGUUAACCGAAUUGCUAAGGGCAUUGAGGAACAAAUUGGGUACCAGCUACCUCAUCACAGUCGCUGCUCCCGCAUCGCGAGAUAAGAUCAACACACUUGAAGUGCUGGAGAUGGAUAAGUAUCUUUCAUUUUGGAACCUUAUGUGCUAUGAUUUCACUGGUACCUGGUCGGCGAAAACAGGCUACCACUCCAAUUUAUUUGGGAACAAUGGCGACAAUGAGUUGAAUUGUAAUGACGUUGUGCAAGCAUAUUUAGCACAGGGUGUCUCAUCUGCAAGGAAAUUGAUUUUAGGAAUGCCCAACUACGGCAGAAGCUUCCAAUGCGAUUCUGAGACGAUUGGUUGCAGCUUCACCGGAUGUGGUGCUGGAGAAGAAGGAAUACUUCCUUAUAAGUCGUUACCAAUCGGGAAAGAAGAGGUAGAUAGCAGAAUGGUAAGUGCAUACUGCUACAACGAAGGGAAGAAGACCUUGGUAGUUUAUGAUAAUCCACAGACCGUGAGAAUCAAAGCAAUGUAUGUAAAACUGAACAACCUUGGCGGGGGAAUGUGGUGGGAAUCAUGUGGAGAUGAUUUCCUGAAUAUGGAGAGAUGCUUAUUGAACAAUUUUGUGGAUCAGCUUAGAAGUUAA